AUGGACAUCAAGCCAACAGCACAGGUGACGCUUGUCACCACAAAAGGUAACAUUGACAUCCAAUUGUUUCCUAAAGAGUUGCCUGAGCUGUGCAGGGAGUUCAUCCGUAAUUGUGUCAACAAGAAAUACGUUGGUUUGGAGUUUUCUAAAGUCACAUCUAGUCUCAUCCAGACACUGCAAAUUGACAGCUCCCCCGAAAUCAAGCGAGAGAAAAAUAGCAGAAUAAAGUUUAAUACCCGUGGCUCUGUGGGCUUGCUACGUAUUGAGAAUACUCGCAUGUCCUCAGCCAAUGGGUUCUUUAUUUCGCUAGAUCCCAUCUCCGCAUAUAGUGCCGACUAUGUGUUCAUAGGCAACGUUGUUGGAGAUUCGAUAUAUAAUGUUGUGAAGAUUAAGGACUCAGAAUUGAAGCCUGGUACAGACAUGCCCCUAUACUCAGUGAGAAUCACCGACUGUGUUGCCACCCAGCCCUAUUUCGAUGACCUACAAGAGCGCACUUCUGUCCUGAAUCUGGAUAAGAAAAGAAAGAAACAGAAAAUCGCAGUCAGCCUCCAAUUUGAGGAGGAAAACGACGAGAAUGUGGGCGAACAAUCUGAAUUCGUGGUCCGUCCAGCACACGAGUUGCUAAUCGGGAAUAAAUCCACUAAAGGGAGUGAGAGAGUGAAUACCACAACAAAGGAGACGGAACCCCAAAUAAUUGAAGCGAAGAGUCUGAAAAUAUCGCGAGCUAAAGGGAUCAGGGAUCCCUCCAUCGAUCCAUAUCAAUCUGACUUAGAUUUCUCAGAAGAUGAAAUCAGUUACGAGACUCUACGUAUGCAUAAGUUUAUAUGUCGUCAAUGA